GUGAGCGGCUCUCUGCCGAACGGCAGCGCGCACCACCUCUCCUCCAGACGUGCCACGCGCCGUGCCGCCCAGCGCCCGAGAUGGCCACACGUGGAGCGUUGCUGCUGCUGCUGCUGCUGACGGUCGCCGCGCUCACCGCUGCAGCGCCCAGUGAUCAGGCUGGCGACUGUUACUCCAAGACUUUGAACCGGUACUUCAGCAUCGGCGACACAUGGCGAGAGGCGGGCUGCACCAAGGCGGAGUGCGUGGACGGCUGGACCAACGGCCGGCCCGGCGUGCUCGUGCUCGGGUGCCGCUACAUCAUCGAGGACCGUCUGGAGCCGGGUUGCGAGGUGGUCUACCCGGACCCGGAGGCGCCCUGGCCCAACUGCUGCCGACGGGUCAGCUGCGCCCCCACCGAGGCGAUCGGCGCUCGCAGCGUGGCCGGGGGCCGGGCGGUGGACGUCUCCGGCCUGGCGCGGUCAGAGAGCUCAGGUCGGAGACUGAGCAGUCAGCCGGCCUCCAACAGAGCGCAGCGUCCGAGGGUGCCCACGGAGCCGGCUGCCGCCAAGCGUCCCGUCCCCGACCUGCUGCUGGAGAUCGCCGAGGGCGGCGAGCCGUGCGAGGGCGUCAACUGCCCGGACCUGGACGCCGUGGCGCGGCCGGCCAAGCCGACACAGCCGCUGGAGCCGAUGCCACAGCUGCUGCUGGAGAUCGCCGCCAUGGGCGAGCGGCCGCGCUCGGCCACCGACGCACCGUUCCCCUGUGAGGACGGCACCUGCCUGCCGCAGAUCCUGCAGACGCUGGCGCGGGACGGCGAGGGCUGCGUCGGUGACCGGUGCGUUACUGUUCGACUGCCUGAGUGUGAGGGCGGCAGCUGUGCGGAGGCCGCCCAGCGACUGGCUGCGGCCGGGCCCUGCCAGGGAGACGCCUGUCUGCCGCAGCUGCUGCUCAGGAUGGCCGCUCUAAAUGAGACCAAGCUGACAGACGCCGACGUCAGACCUCGAGUGACGACAGAACCGACAGACACAGAAACCGAAACGACCACUCGGGAGUCGCCCGUCCAGACGACCACGGAGACGGCUCGUCUGACCACCACAGAGCGGGCUGAGCCUGCCACUGAGGCUGUCACAGAGCUGACCACCACGGAGGCAGCCACCACUGCUCGGGCACGGCGGCCGUCUCGGCGGCGGAGGCCGACCACGGGUCCGUCUGCUGCGCUGACCCGGGAUCCUUCGAGCACGACCGCCCGCUCGGCCGAGCCAGUGGACGCCGUGGUGCCUCUGCCGCUGGACGACAGCAGCAACAGCUGCCUGCGGGCCAACGGUGGCUGCAGCCACGUCUGCAGCAGUGACAUCAGCGGCUUAGUCCACUGCAGCUGCCCGGAGCAGAUGCGCCUUCAGCCCGACGGUCGGACGUGUCGACUGGACGAGGACCGGCCGCGGCUGCUGUUCUCCUCGCGGGACGCGCUCCAUUUGAUGGACCUGGACGGCACCAAUGAAGAGAUAGUGGCCACCGACCUGACCAACGCUGUUGGUGUCGACUACGACUGGCAGAGGCAGUGCUUCUUCUGGACGGUGGUGCGGUCCACAAGCAGCAUCGACCGCCUCUGCCACUCCGGUCCUCCAGAGUCUCUGCACUCUGGCGCCGAGCGACCGGACAACCUAGCCGUGGACUGGGUGACCGGUAACCUCUACUGGACCGACGGCGGCUCGUCCGCCAUCCGCGUGUCGGACCGCGACGGCCGCUUCACCAGCACACUCAUCACCAAGGGCCUGAAGAAGCCCAGGGCCAUCUGCGUCGACCCGGAGAAUGGCCGUCUCUACUACACCGAUUGGGCGGAGCCGGCGUUUAUCGGUACAGCCGGCAUGGACGGCUCCGAGCCUCGCACCCUCAUCUCCGGAGAGCUGGUGUGGCCCAACGCGCUCACCAUCAGCCGAGAGACCCAGCAGCUGUUCUGGGCGGACGCCCAGCAGGGUCACAUCGAGGUGGCCGACAUGCUCGGACGCAACCGGCGAGUCCUGCUCAGGAGUCCAGAGGGCGUGACAAUCAAGCCACUGUUGCACAUUUUCUCGCUGGCCAUCUACCAGAAGCAACUGUUCUGGUCUAGCUGGCAAACGAACAGCAUCAUCAAAUACAACGGGACCCAUGCCAUCACCCUGCGCAACUCCAGCAGUCUGCCGAUGGGUGUGCGCGUGUUCCACUCGUCACAACAGAAGCCGCUGACGGUGCCGAACCCCUGCGGCGACUCAGGCGGCGGCUGCGCCACGCUCUGUCUGCUGACGCCGGGCGGAGGUCACGCCUGCGCUUGUCCCGACCACUUUGUCACCAUCGACGACGGAGCCACCUGCAAGACCAACUGCACGCGCGACCAGUUCAUCUGCAAGCACACCUUCCAGUGUCUGCCGCACUGGUUGGUCUGCAACGGGGUGGACGACUGCGGGGACGGCUCCGAUGAGCCCUCGUUCUGUCCACCCUUCAAGUGUGAGCGGGGUCAGUUCCAGUGUCGCACCGGACAGUGCAUCCAGACAUCUCAGAUCUGCGAUGGCAACCCGGACUGUUUGGACGGCGCUGACGAGCUCAGCUGUCCCGAGUCCUGAGCGACAUAUGGCCUGCUCUCCACGAGUUGGGUUGGAGACUGCGCUGGGAGACUGGCAGAUGGCGUCGGUCCAGUCUGCCGAAGGAAGGUGUGUUCACAAGUGGCGUGUGCUCGCGGUGACCUGUGGGGUGCCGGCGGCCAGGACGGCUCCAGGCGGGUCGCUCUACUGCUGCUGUGUUCAGAGGGAGGACUGGAGGGAGUAUAGAGCAUCCCCGUCACCAUAGAGCUGUAUAUCAUUGUACAUAUGUCAUAUAUACCCCAUGUGUGCCCGUCGCGGCUGGCUGAUCAGGUGGCACGGCUCUCGCGAACAACAUACUGUGCUCCGAGAUUGUAUCGACCGCGGUGAUCCUGCUAUAGAAAAUCAAACUCGACUCGGCAUAGUUGAUAAGAAGAUCUUUUCGGAAUGCUCAUAAUUCACCGUGUGUGACAUAAUAUCGUGAAAUUAGGUACUCUGUUUUCAGCGAAAAUGAUUAGAGUAAAAGAAUUCCCAUAGGUAGUUUUGAGGUCAGGUGAGCCUACCGCGCUUCAAAGCUCGUUUCUGCGCGAAAUCUGGCGCCGUUUUAUAUUUAUGUAGCUUGUUAAGCGUAGAAGUAGUGCACAAACUCGCCAUGUUAUCUCAAGAAUAAGGCGAAUAUGCGAUUUUCUGUUUAACUUUGCAUAAGGUGUUCCAUGUGCGUUGUAUGACAAUGAUUGCGUUUGCUGGUGGUAAUACAUGUAUGCGUCUGAUAAC